CUCUCUGUGCGCUGCACACACCCCACAGAAUGGACAACAAGAAGCGGAAGCGCGAGAACAACCAAGACGGCAACGGGGGCCGUGAUGAGGUCUUUGCACCUGACGGAGACCUCUUCCCCAAGCUCCGUCCUGGCCUUGAAGUGGUGUACAUCCAGGAGGGCCAUGCCAAGCACACCGACCACUUUGCCGCCGACACAAAGAAUGGCCUGCGCAAACUCGACAUGGUGCAUGCGACAGUGGUAGCCAUCACCUCGGUGGCGGAGAAUCACACCCAGGUGGUGCUGGACAUCCAUCCGGACGACGAUGACUAUGUGACGGGCGGAGGGGAGGAGGCCAACCGGUUGAUGAUCUCGCUGGAUAGGAAUGCGUCAGAGCCGGACUUUAUCAUUCCCUACGCCCUGUACGAGUCGUCGAUCCACACUGCGUGGCUGAAGGACGACGAGGUUGAGCAAAAGUUCGACGACACCUGGUACCUUGGCCGCAUCCACGCCAAGCUCCCAUCGGUCACCUGCUGGGAGUGCCUGCAGGUCAUCUGGUACAACGAGGAGACCGGGGAGUUUGACCCUCCGGCCGAUGGCGCCGACUACGACCGCGUCUCGCCGUGGGAGGUCCGCGAGCCGCUCCUCGACGUCGACGCUCGCAAGCGCCGCAAGAAGCUCGGUGGCGAGGCGUCGACUUCUGCCGUUGAGUCGCGCAAGGCCGACAAGGCCCGUCGCGCCGCCGACAAGGCCGAAGCCAUCCGGUCCUGGCGCGCCGCGCAGGCCGAGAAGGCCCGCAAGCGCAAGGAGGAGGAGGCCCGCCUCGCUGCCGCCGCAGAGGAGGCCAAGGCUGCCGAGGCCGCCGCCCGCGCCGCCGCAGAAGCCGCCGCCAAGGCCGCCGCCGCAGAGGCUGCACGCCGCGCCGCAGAGGCCGAGGCCGCCGCCGCCGCAGAGGCCGCCGCCCGUCGCGAGGAGCAGCUGCGCGAGCAGGAGGCCAAGCGCGAGGCCGCCCGCAAGGCUGCCGCUGAGCGCAAGGCCCAGAUGGCGUCGAUGCUGGAGAAGCGGCGCGAGGCUGCUGCCGAGCGCGAGGCCCGCGAGGCCUCGCAGCGCAAGAAGCAAAAGUACCGCUACACCAUGGUCUGUGCCUCCAACAUGAACCGUUCCAUGGAGGCCCACUACGUGCUGCAGAAGAAGGGCUUUAACGUCUCGUCCUUUGGCACCGGCUCGCAGAUCAAGAUCCCGGGCCCGUCGCGCGACAAGCCCAACUGCUACGAGUACGGCACCGCCACGUACAAGGACGUGUACGAGGACCUCCUCUCCAAGGACGAGGAGCUCUACCGCCGCAACGGCAUGCUCGCCAUGCUCGAGCGCAACAUCGACACCAAGACCAUGCCCGAGAAGUGGCAGCACGCCAACCACGCCGAUGCCGACGUCCAGGUUGACGUCGUUGUCUGCUUUGAAAACCGCGUUUUUGAGGCCGUCCUCACCGACCUGCUCGAGCGCGGCUCGCAGACUAUGGACCCGGUCCAGGUCAUCAACAUCGAGACCGUCGAUAACUCGGAGGCCGCCACCCUCGGUGGCCAGGUCACCCUCAAGCUCAUCAACGAGAUCGAGAACAUCGACGACCUCGAGGACGAUCUCGAGUCGGUCCUCAACAAGUUCCAGAAGCGUGAGCGGACCUCCAUCCUCCACACUACCGCCUUCUACUAAAUCCCUCAACCCCCCUCCCC